GUUCUACCGCGCCGUGGCAAGAACCGCCACAAGUCGUAGGGGUGCACAAUGCCGCUACAGCGACCGUGACUGCCAUAGUAUUAAGUUCGUUUUAUUCUUAUUGACUUCCUCUUUUAGAAGUUGACGAGAGCAGUGGUCUGACACGCGUGGUAGUUUUGCCACAUCUUCUUUUGCAGGAGCGAGUCUGAGAACCGAGGGUCUGAGUAGAUCUUCUGAGCAGCGAGUCUGAAGAGUCCUUGAUGUUCAUCAAAACCAGUGCCAGAGCGAGAAGAGGGAUUUUCUGUGGUUUUUCUCUUCAUGGUUUCCGUGUCUUUCACCGUCGGUUCACAAUUAAAAUUUGAUUUCCUGAAUAAUCUGAAAAUACAAGUUGUUUGACACGCAGUGUGGGCGAGGAGAAGCGUGUCGGUCCUUCGAUGCACGCCGCAGGCUGGUAGCCAGCAGCUACAGACUGGCCAGAAAGAGGAGGAGCAGGAGCUGCAGCUUCAUCCCUUGUGGUCGUGGUGCAGUAUAGCGUAUAGCCUUUCUGGUUUUGUUCCAGAGCAGCUGCCUCCAAGAAGAUGCCGUGGUUUGAUUUUUGGCCGUACGUAUGAAAUGCAAAUAUGUCUGGGUCUGGAUGGAUGCAACUUGUCAUGCUAGAUCCGAAUCAUGCAAAAAUCUGUGUUGCACGAGUGCCAAAAGCUGUCCACUUUCGACCAAGUUGGGAGAGAGUUUCUCACGCAGGAUAGGCAUGAUAGAGACCUCACAGAGUCUGUCAUGCUAGGUUCCGCAUUCCAGACCUCAUGGGUCAUGGAAAACCUGCAUGACAAGUUUACACUCUUCCAAACCUCCAGACACAUUUGCAAUGCAUAGAACGAGGUAAACCGACCUAAAAGCCCGCAGCUCUACCCGUAUCCUGUGUAAAAACGUCCCCACACCAGAGUUGUAAUGCAGAUUUGCAAAGACAGGAAGACUUGUGAUGCGCAUCCCCAUGAGAGCCAUUUCCAAUCGUGUUUUGGAAUCUGUGAUGCUGUGAACAGGAUGAGCAGAUGAGUCUGUGAUGCGGCUGCACUUGCUAACCUGCACUACGCUGCAGAGUACAGCUUGUCAUGCGUGACUCACAAAGCUCCUAGGUUUGUGUUGCAAAAUCCCCAUCCUGACUCUGGUGUGGGUACGUUUUUCCUCAGGAUAACCCGUACCGGAUCCCCAUCUUGAGGACACACGUACUGCUUUUUUUUUUUUUAGAUAGAGGAAGAAGUUAUAUUUUUUGCAUCACAAUAAAUAAAUUACGUGGAUGCGGAGGGUGUGCAGCUGUGCGACAGAUCACAGAUCCACUUCUACCAUUGGUGGUGAACAAUAAUAAUUUUACAGACCUACUACCACUGGUGCUCAUGUGGGAGAUCGGACACGCAGCCGUGGUGCAACGGGUCACAUAAAGGCACAGGUUUUAUGCUGUGCAAAAGUAUCGUACUCGUAUUGCAAUCAUGCAUUACAAAUCUUUUUGUUAAGUCAAAUCCGCAUUACAAAUUUUAUUUCUAAUGCUGAGGUAAUGCAUUUAUACGAGUACGAUACUUUUGCAAUGCAUAGGUUUCGAGCCAGUGCGAUUUACGAUGAGAGGUAUAGAAAUGCACUUUCAUUUCAUAAGCAUAUCUCGACGAGCUCGCAUGACGUCGAACGUUGUUCUUUCUUAAUAUCAUGUUGCAAGACUCAAAAUGAAACUGAACCAAAAGCAAAACCACAAACCUGAAAACAUGAAACAGAGGACGGCAACAUGGUGAAGCAGCUUUGCGGGUGCAAGAUGACCUCCUACGCACCAUUCUGUAUUGAUAAAGUUUUUCAUUGUCUUCAUGAUAAUAACCAAUUACAUGCUCCAUGGUAGGUUUGAUCUCCGAUGCUGGACUACAGAUGAAGAUGAAAUGCAUAAAAUCACCUGUGAGGAUUCGUCGCGGUGGAAGAACUGCAUUCUGAUGAAUUGUUGAAACCCACACUGCUCCCAGACUUAUCCACUGCAAAUAUACUGUCUGGUUCUCGAAAGUUGAAGCUUGUAAUGCUAGCGUUCCAUAUUUUUACCUACAGAAUCUGUAUUGCAUAACCAACACAUCAUCACUUGUCAGGUAACAAGAACCACUACCACGUGAUCGCGCACCGGUUUCCGGCUUUUUAUCCCACAGAGAAAAACAGGCAAGGCAUAUUUGCAAUGCAAAAAUUAUAGAGGACUUUUGCAUUACAACAAAUCUGAAGACCUGCCUGGUUUUUCCUGUUGGAUACUUUUCACUUUCUGCGCAUGACGCCAGUCGGGUUCGCGUUAGGGACUGCAGUAGCUUGUAUCAAAAGGAAAAAUUUCCCCUCCCCAUACUGAAGAGGUAUGUAUCUAAAAAUUUGUGAUGCUGAUUUGUGACCACAAAUCCUGUCCCUCUUGCAAGAGGGCAAACUCAGAGACUCCGCCAGGGUAUGCAGGCGCUUUGUAAUGCUGCAAGGCCUAUAGGGCAGACGCCUGCCAUGCUAGGCCCCUACACCAAGGCUUACGAUCUGCGUGCAGUCCUCUACUGCAAGACAAGUGUGAUUUGUGUACUCAUAUACAGCAAGACAAAAUUCGUUUUCGACAUGGGGAGGGGGGGUUUUUCCUUUUGAUAGCUUGGUUCUGGCACCCAUAGAAAGCCGCGGAGAAGUUCUUGUACUGGUCGCUGUUUUCCUAAACCGUGGUGCGGGUGAGCAGUUAUGCCGGAAGGAGGAGGUUGUGAUGCUUGUAAAAAUUAUCUAUCGAUCGUGCGCGUACCAGAACUUAGUGGUGAUUUUUACAGCGCACGUACGUAGGUGGACAAGAAAACAAACCAGGCGUGGGAUUGGAACUUCUGAAACUACUCGCAAAAGAGGAAGAACCAAAAUUGAUGAAAAAUCUGUUGCGAGGCCUGGGGGAUCGGCAUCCUUUAUAUCCUUUGUGACGCGGUGUUUCACUUUCAUCUAUGGUGCUCACAGUAGUCGCCGAGAAGUAGAU